UUCCCCGCCCUCUAACCCUGAGGUCUUGGGCCCGAGGUGUGGGCUGUUAGGUUUCCUGGGUUCUUCUCUGCUAUUGCAGGGUCGUUUUCAAAGCCUCCAGAACGGGUCUGGGCCCGAAUUGAGGAGAGGGGGCGGGGAGGGGCUUGCGGCCCCGCCCCCUUCUCCGGCUAGUCUGCGAGCGCACUGGCCCGCCUACUCCCUCAGCUGGCCCAGUGGCCGCGUCCCCCAGGCAACUCAGCGCAGGCCUGAGCUUCUGCCGGCAGGUGUCGGCGCUGAGGCUCCAGGGCACAGCCCGGUUCGUCCCCAUGGUGGGUUUCGGGGCUAACCGGCGGGGCGGCCGCCUGCCCUCCUUCGUGUUGGGGGUGCUGCUGAUAGUGAUCGCGAUCCUCGCCUUCAACUACUGGAGCAUCUCCUCCCGCCACGUCCUGCUUCAAGAGGAGGUGGCCGAGCUGCAGGGCCAGGUCCAACGUACCGAAGUGGCCCGCGGGCGCCUGGAGAAGCGCAAUUCGGACCUCUUGCUCUUGGUGGACUCGCACAAGAAGCAGAUUGACCAGAAAGAGGCCGACUACGGCCGUCUCAGCAGCCGACUGCAGGCCAAGGAGGGCCUGGGGAAGAGAUGCGAAGAUGACAAGGUUAAACUACAGAGCAACAUAUCAUAUCAGAUGGCAGACAUACAUCAUUUAAAGGAGCAACUUGCUGAGCUUCGUCAGGAGUUUCUUCGACAAGAAGACCAGCUUCAGGACUAUAGGAAGAACAAUACUUACCUUGUGAAGAGAUUAGAAUAUGAGAGUUUUCAGUGUGGACAACAAAUCAAGGAAUUAAGAGCACAGCAUGAAGAAAAUAUUAAAAAGUUAGCAGACCAGUUUUUGCAGGAACAAAAGCAAGAGGCCAACAAUUUUGAAUUAAAAGGUGGAAGUGAAUUGGGUACAAACAAUCAUGCAGUACCUAAAAAUGUUCCACAAGUACCUGAGAAUGCUGCAGAGAAGAAUGAAGAGCCCUCGAGCAAUCAUAUUCAACAGGGAAAAGAGCAAAUCAAACCAGGUGGUGAUGCAGGAAUGCCUGGAAUAGAAGAGAAUGACCUUGCAAAAGUUGAAGACCUUCCAACUGUUUUGAAGAAGCCUCCUGUUUCUGUUUCUCAAUAUGGAAGUCAUCAAGCCAUCUCCCAUCAUGCAACUGGACAACCCCUCUCCCCAAAUAUGCUUCCAGAUUCUCAUAUAAAUCACAAUGGAAACCCUGGAACUUCAAAACAGAACCCUUCCAAUCUUCUUCAGCGUUUAAUUCCAGCCCCAAACUUGGAGAGUGAACCCAGAAUUCAAACAGUUAUCCUAAAGCAGGCUACCAAGGAUAGAGUCGGUGAUUUCCAUAAGUUGAAACAAAGCCGAUUCUUUGAUGAGAAUGAAUCCCCUGUUGAUCCGCAGCAUGGCUCUAAACUGGCGGAUUAUAAUGGGGAUGAUGGUAACGUAGGUGAGUAUGAGGCAGACAAGCAGGCUGAGCUGGCUUACAAUGAGGAAGAAGAUGGUGAUGGUGGAGAGGAAGACGUCCAAGAGGACCUUGAAAGGCUGCCUUCAUAUGCACUACUUUAUUUUGAGACAAAAAACAGCUGUUAUUCUUAUUCUACUGAGAAGAUGAUGAAGAACGAGAACUUCAAAUGGAUCCUGGAGAUUAUGGAAAGCCACAUUUAAAUGAUGUCCUUUAAGUCCUAAAGAAGAACUUCAGAAAACCUAAAGUGCUGUAAAAUGGAAUCAUUUCUACUUUGUCUUUUUUGACUUUUGUUGUAAAGAUCAGUUGUAUCAGUUGUAAAGAUACAUUGAGAUAGAUUUAAGGAAAAGUUUUAAUGAAGGAAUGUACCCAUGUACAUAUAUGAACUUUUUCAUACUGUAUUAGUAAAGCAGAGACCUUUUUGGAUGAGCCAAAAAAAAAAAAGUAAGCAAAACAGGUGUCUUUGCAUUUAAAGCAAACUAAUGUAUGUUUUACAUUUUAUUGAGCCUAAUUCUUUAUACAAAUGUACAAACAGGAAAAAAUGAUUGUACUGUUUGUAAGUUGCACACAAGAUAACCACAGUGAGAACAGUUAUUCAGCUGAAAAACUUUUUGUAUACUAAUAUAUUCUAGUUAGCCCAACAGGUGUUCUGUUCUAUCUUACCCCUUAUCUCAUGUUCUUCCAGGAAUUAUACCUAGAAUAAUAGUUAGAUAAAAAGGGGGAACGUGGAAACCAAACAUUGGGCAGCAUGUGUGCAAAAUCACUUCUCUAAUCCUUUUAUUUUACAUGAGUGUGGCUGUGUUUCGGCAGGUAAGCUGGCAGCUGAGGCCUGAUGAAAGUUGAAAUAACCUGCAAAGAUAUAAUACUUAUGAGUUACACCUUAGUUCAUGAAAUUGUGAAAUGCAUGAUUGACAAUAUAUUUUCAAUUUUUAUUUUUCUCACAUAAUACCAGUACUGUUUAACUAUAACCAGCACUGGCUAAAAUUUUUAUAUUUUCAGAGUUCAAGUUGGUGAAUAUAUUCAUGAUUUAAAUGCCAGAUUCUGAAAGAGUCUAAAUCAACUUUGAGAUGAAUCUGCAAUCAGUAUUUCAAAGUUCCUCUGGUACUUUUAGUGAUAUAAUUUGAUGAGACUUUUUCAGAAUUACUAAGUAAGGAGUUUUAACAGAUUUUUAUUAAUGCACAGAUAAAUAGAAGUACAGUGAGGUCUACAGCCAUUUUAUUAAAAUAGCUUAAAAGUUUGUAAUAAAGAUGAAGAAUCUUUGUAAUUACCUAAAUGUUAGUUAAGAACCCAUAAACCUCAUAUUUGCUAGUCUUACAAAAUUAUUUUAAAUGCUUUGUCUUUUGACACUUUUCAGUAGAAUAUGUAAGCUAGAUAAUCCUUGUUUUCUGAGUUAAAGUACUUUAAACCUAACUCCCCAACCCCAAAAUAAAAGGUUUUGAUCAUAAGGAGUAAUUUAAGGUUGCUAACUCUGUGUUUCAGAAGGGCUACUGGUAAUUGCACAUAAACAUGAAAUGCUCUUACCCCUCUAACCACCCCCCGCCCCAUACUCAGGUCCUAGUCAAAAUUCAAAUUUUAGAGAUUUUUUUACAGGUUUUUCACUUAUUGGAGGUACAAAAAUUAUUAGACUUUAGAAAUUAUUAAGCAACCAGGAAAAGAUAUAGUGAUUUACUAAAAUUGUUUUUCUACCAUAUCAAAGUAUGGAAUUCAUGCCUUUGCUAUGAGUAGAGUCAGGCUUAUAAAUGAAUAGGUGUGAUAAUUCACAUAAUUUUUUAAAAUGGAGUUAAAGGGAAUUAACAUAUAUCUUAUGGGCAUUAGGAUGGGACAGUAAAUCUAAAAUACACUCCUAGUAAUAGCUUAUGUUUAAUACUGUAAAAUCUUUACAAAUGAAAACCAUGAAAUUUCUUGCCUUAGUUCUUUUGUCAUAAAAACAAUCACUUGGUUAUAUGGUAGCUGUUACUUAUGCAGCCAAAUUUCUUCAGUUAGCAGUGUAGACAUUUUAUAAACUGAGAAAUCUUAGACCAAUUGAUAAUAUUUCCAACUGUAUUAACAUUUUAAUGCUAUAAAAUAUUAUGUGAGUCUCUUAAAAUUCUGACAUUCUACAGUCUGUAUUAGACAUGCUGGUUUUGUAAUGUUUUACUCUGCCUUAAGAUUUAGGUUUUUAAAUGUAUUUUUGCCCUGAAUUAAGUGUUAAUUUGAUGAAAACUCUGCUUUUGAAAUCAUCACUUACUGGGUUCUAAUAAAUUAAAAAUUAAACUUGC